CUGGCAGACUAAAUGUGGCACACCAGAAGUUUCGUUCAUAUAGAGACAAAGUUGGAAGACUUUAAACAGCGGCUCUGCUCGAAUAAAACACCAGCUUCUGUCCUUCAAAAUGAGUGACGACACGGACUCCCCUCCUGAGAGGGAAAUGAAGGAUUUUCAGUUUCGUCAGAUGAAGAAAACAAGAGUUUUUGAGCCUGCCGGAGAUUUGCCGAAGGAGAGAUCUAGUCUGCUUGCCCUCUCAAACAAAUUUGGUCUAACUUUUGUUGGGCUGGACAAAACAUUUAAAGUUUAUCUAACAAAAGACAUUCUUGCUGCUGAUAAAGUUGAUGGUAACUCCAACGUAAUAGUUAAUGGAAUAGCAGCAUUGGCAGAGGUGACUGUGGAGCUGGCUCUGCACCACUUGGCUCUCAGUUGUGAUGAACUCACCCUGUCAGUUUGCGGCACGUCUGAUGUGGCCGGUUUGUCCCUAUCAUUCUACGAUGUCCGAACCUUCGUGAACAAGGCGAAACCACAGAAGUUUCCUUUUGCAUCACUGCAGCCAGCAGUGCCCCCAGGAACCUUAGUGCAGGACUUGAAGUGGAGUCCUGCUCUAGCAUCCAUGUUGGCUGCCUGUCUGUCUGAUGGCAGUAUGAUGAUUUUGGAUGUUACUAACAGUGUCAAAAUGCAGUCCUCCCUACCUGCUUCAAGUGGCAUCACAUGCAUUUGCUGGAGUCCAAAAGGAAAACAAGUGGCUGCAGGGAAAUUGAAUGGCACAGUCAGUCAGUAUACACCAACAUUAGAAGAAAAGAAAGUGAUACCAGGUCCACCCUUCUACACCUCUGAUCCUGUCAGAGUUCUGGAUGUGCUGUGGCUGAAAACCUUUGUGUUUGCAGUGGUAUAUGCUGCUGCAGAUGGGUCCCCCGAGACCCCUCCUGAGCUAGUGUUGAUCUCCCUCCCUAAAAAAGAUGAGAAGGUGGACACAAAGUAUCUGAACUUUGGUGACAUAGUGUACGGCUGCUGCAUCGAGCGACAACACCAUUACUUCCUGAGCCACAUAGAGGACUGGGACCUUGUUUUUGCAGCAUCAGCAGCUUCAAUUGAAGUCAGCGUCAUAGCCAGACAAGAUGACAAGAUCUGGGAGCUUUGGAUCCUGGAGGAUGCCGGUAGGGCUGAGCUUCCCGUGUCUGAGACGAGUGAAGACACUCUACCCCUGGGCUUAGCUAUAGACUACACCAGCGAGCAGGAGAUCCACAUCACUGAUGAGAAGACCUUGCCCCCAGUACCCACUAUGCUGAUGCUGUCCACAGAAGGAUUACUUUGCCCAUUUGCUCUGCUUAACCUCAAUCCUGGAGUUAAGCAACUGGUCUCAGCCCCCAACCCUCUCCCCUUGGAGGGGGAGAGACUGUCAAAGCCAGGCUUUUUGGCAACCCAACCACCCAGAACUGCUGCCUCCACCCCAGCUGCCCCAGCAGCAUUCGCAAACCUCGGUCUUGCCCCAGCAGCUGCUUCCACUCCUCCAGCCCCUGCUGCCUCUGCUUCUCCAUUCAGCAUAGCUCCCACAGCACCUGUGUCGUCAUCAUCGUCAAGCUUCACUUUCUCGGUGCCAUCUACCUGUGCCACCUCCGCUCCAUCUGCUCCUUCAGUAUUCUCCCUCGCGGGAACCACACCUUUUGGAUCGGGACCUUCAAGCUUCUCCUUUGCCUCUAAACCUCCCUCUGAUACCCCCUCUGCACCCUCAGCAUUUUCUGUCAGCGCCCCUUCCAUCAAACCAUCAGCAGUGGCAACCCCAACUCCGGCUCCAGCUCCAACUCCAGCUCCGGCUCCAGCUCCAGCUCCAAUACCUCAGAGUUCUGCCACUGCCUCCUCACUUUCAGUGAAAUCAAAUCUAAAUGAGAGAUUCUCAGCAUUGGAGACUCCAGCACCAGCAUCACAGUCUUUCUCCUUUACUUCCCCUUUGAUCAAAAGUGGUUUGACCGCCCCUGCACCCGCAGCCACUAAGUCACCCGCCCUGUUAGUCCCAGUGCGUCCAGUUCAAACCAGCACACCACCCUCAAUCGUCCAGAAACCUGCUCCUGCUGCCCAGGGCCGUGUCCAAACCCAACAGGCAGCUGUUAGCGUGAAGGCCUUGGAGAAGCAGCUACAGCAAAAGAAAGACUCUGAUCCCAUCAUGGCUGGUAUAUUGGAGGAGAUUGCACACUUCCAGGCAGAGCUAGAUGACCUGAAGGCACGGAGCGCACGAGCUGACUUCAAGGUUGGCUCUAAUGAGGAGAUGAAGGAACUGAGGAAAGAGUCAGAGGACCUCCAUAUUUUCACUCUGGAGAUAAAGGAAACUACAGAGUCUCUCCAUGGGGAUAUUGGCACACUAAAGACCACCUUACUGGAGGGUUUUGCUGGUGCAGAAGAAGCCAAAGCUCAGAGUGAGCUCAGCAAAGACAGAAAUUACAGGCAGCUGUUGUACAAAAAACCUCUGGAUCCACGCAGUGAGGAACAGCUCAAGGAGAUUCGCAGGCUGUACCAAUAUGUCACGUUUGCUGUGGAGGAUGUCAAUGAUGUGCUGGAUGUGGAAUGGGAGAAACACCUAGAGAAGAAGAAGAAACAGAGACACAUGGUUGUGCCGGGGCGUGAAGGUCUGUUCACGACACUGGCCAACAACCUGUACAUCAUCAACCAGCAGAAGAACAGGUUGGAUCAGCUGGUGAAGGAACUCACUUCACUGCAUCUCUACAACAAGACUACCACUGUGCAUAGAAACCAAAACACUGCAGCAACAACAACUGCUGGUUUGGAAAGUGAGCUCGAGAUUUUAAGGGACGCAUUCCUGAAGGCCAGACUGGACACGACCCCUCCUAAGACCAAAUCCAAAUCUCCAGCUGUCAAGAUAUCGCCGGUUAAACAGUCCCAGCUGCGUAACUUCCUGUCAAAGAGGCAGAUGCCUCCUGUCCGCUCAACUGCACCAGCUAACCUGUCUCGUUCAGCCUUCCUUUCACCAAAAUAUUAUGAGGAUUUGGACGAUGUGAGCUCCACCUCCUCCCUUUCCCAGUCCCUGGAGCCUCACCUGCCUCACUUGGAGCUGGAGGAGGAGGAACUUCAACAAGAGCCCCUUCCCAUGACUGUCAUACCCCCAGCAUUGUCCACCCCACGCCACCCCACUGUGGUGAGAACUCCCUCUAUCCAACCAGGCUUUGGAGCCAUCCAGUCCACCCCUCUAACCAAAGUCCAUGCAGUACAGGGCAUGCCCUUUGGACUCAGCCCUAUUGCCAGUCCUGUUCCAACCAAUAAGAUCAACCUCAGUGGGGCUGACAGCACUGCUCUUGCCACAAAGACAGUGAAACAUGGAGCUCCACCAACUGAGAGGACCGUACCUGUCACCAUUCCUGCCCAGCAGGCUGCAGCCACUGCUGCUCUCCGAAGACAGAUGGCCAAUCAGAAGACAGCUGUCGUCAGUGCUUCCUUGACAGAGUCCACAUUGAAGACGGUUCCUCAAGUGGUUAAUGUUCAGGAGCUGAAGGAUAGAGGGCCUCCUGUGCCAGUUUCUACUAUUAUAUGCUCAUCAGUACCAGAUCCAGCAGCUCUGGCAGUUCAGCAGGUUUUCGCAACUGUAUCUUCCAACCAGGCCAAACGAAAUUCUAACCAAGGUAUCCCGAAACUGUCCACUGAAAGUACAACCACCCCACAGACAGGCUUCAUGUUUGGUAAUUUACCCAAAACAGACGGUCCUGCUGCUCUUGCUAGCUCAGCAGAACAAAGCGCCAGUAAAGGUUUCUCCUUCUCUUCAUCGUCCGCAGGCUUCAGUUUUUCUUCAGUUACGCCAGCAGGCGGAAUGUCACAAGCGAAGGAUGUGAAUAAAUUCUCAUUUGGUGGAAAUGGCAAGAUGUUUGGUCAGACUGGAGAGGAACCACUCUCCUCCACCUCCCCUGCUCUUGGCGCUGGGUCCCCCACCCUACCUACAAGCACAUCAGUAGAAGCAGCAAAACCUGCCUCCAGCACAGCAGCCCUCAGGAUAGAGCCACAACCCCCUAAGACAAUUGGAGGAGAGACUCUGGGCAGUUUCUCUGGACUGCGUGUGGGUCAAGGAGAAGAAGCUAAAGAUUCCUCCACCAAACCCUCUGCUGCUUCAUUUAGCUUUGGGGACUCUGCACUUGGUGUGGGCAAGGGUCCAGCACAGUUUGGCUUCGGUGGCGAUCUCCUGAAGUCUUCAGAAGAUUCUACGGGAGCAGACUUGUCCAAGGGGGCAGUGUCAGGUAGUUUGUUCAAACCUCCUGACUCAAACGCCAAGCUGGCCUUCUCUUUUCCCCAAUCUAGCUCGACUGUGUCAGCUUCGCGCACGUCUUUCAGUAGUCUCCUUACAGCCCCCCCCGAAGCAUCAGAGGAACCAAAAGCUCCUCCACAACCUUCAGAAUCCACUCCGCCCCCUGAAAAAGAAGCUGCUGCUGAGCCCUUUGUAGAGAGUGUCAGCUCAUCUGUAAUACCUGAGCCAGCAACAGACACAGACACGACAGAAACCUCAACAACAGUUAAAGCACCAACACCUCCUUUAGCCACAACUACCCCUAUCCCAGACCCUCCGCCCUACACCACCGCACAAGCUCAAGCAACUCCUCCAGCACCAGCCAGCUCUGCUCCCACAGUAGAAGCCACCCCAGACUCCACCACCACCACCAUUGAUCCUGUGCCCACUUUAGAGGCUGCCACUCCUGCGGUCGUGCCCGUCUCUCAGGUCACUCCAGCAGCAUUCCAGACAUCCACUUCUGACAAGCCAGGCUCCAUUUUUACUCAGCCGCCUCCUGCAACAACUGACAGCGGUUCCCUUGGAGUGACACCAGUAAUCAAUACAGUUGCCACAGCAGCCGCCACUCCCACCCCUACAGUUGCUAACAGCACAACAACUACUUCUGCUAGCACAGUGUUCGGGCAACCUGCUGCACCUCCAGCCUCCUCAGCCCCCGCAGCACCAGCAUCCACAGGUUUUGGCUCAGCUGGGUUUGGUACAUCAGCUGGAACUGGUUUUGGCAAGUCAGUAUUUGGCCAGGUAAGUGGCUUCGGCCAGCCUGCCAGCAACACCGGAACAGCCAGUGGCUUUUCUUUUGGACAGUCAGCAUUUGGAACGAGUUCCAGCAGUGCCACCACUGGGGGAGGUCUUUUUGGUGCUGCUACUGCGAGCAAUGCGAGUUCAUUCUCCUUUGGUACAAGCAGUGCCAACACAGCCAGCAGCACUGGCACAGGGCUGUUUGGACAAAGCACGACCCCAGCAUUUGGGCAGAGCUCUGGAUUUGGCCAAGGAUCUGUGUUUGGGAGCAACACCACCACAUCCUCGUCUACGGGAUUCAGCUUUGGACAGUCAUCAGGUUUUGGCUGCUCCUCCGCCACCCCUGUGUUUGGCCAACAACCCAGCGGUGGGAGUGUAUUUGGACAGCAGCAGCAGCAGCCGUCAUCAGGUAGUAGUCUGUUUGGUUCAAGUUCAGCCAACACAGCAGCCUCAUCCCCUGCUGGAGGAUUCUUCAGUGGCCUCGGGGGCAAACCGAGCGAAGACGCUGCCAACAAGAACCCAUUUGGCACCUCUGCCUCCCCCGGAGGGUUUGGGCAGCCUGCUCAGACAGGUUCCAGUCUGUUUGGGAACAGUGGUGCCAAGACCUUUGGUUUUGGACAGUCCUCCUUUGGAGAACAGAAACCUGCUGGGACCUUCAGCACUGGUGGAGGGAGUGUCGCUGCACAGGGCUUUGGCUCCUUCUCUACUCCAACCAAAGCAGGUGGUUUUGGGAGUGCACCAGUGUUUGGGAGUCCCCCUGCUUUUGGCGUUUCCCCGUCAUUUGGCGCUACAGCAUCAUUUGGCUCAAGCCCUUCGUUUACCAACAACAUGGGUUCCUCAGCUGGUAAAGUGUUCGGAGAGGGAACGGCAGCAGCUAACAUGGGAGGAUUUGGCUUUGCCUCAGCUCCCAACGCCCCGUCCUUUGGUGCUCUAGCCAAUCAGAGCACUCCGUCAUUUGGAGGCAUGGCCCAGCAGGGCUCUGGUUUUGGAAGUCAGCCCAGCAGUUUCUCAGGCUUUGGACAACAGCCACAGUCUGGAGGAUUCCCUGGAAACACAUUUGGGGCUGCAAACCAGUCAGGCGCUCAAACAUUUGGCAGUUGGAGAAGCUAGUUAUAUUAAACCGUCACAAGCUGGACGCCACUGCUACAGUACUUUCUGUAAUCAAGCUCUUUGUGCCACACAAUGGGACAAGUGUUGAACGGGUGAAUAAAGUGAAGUAGAAGCCAAAUUGCAUUGUCAUUGUUGAGAACCUUUGCAUAUUUAUGAUAGAAAUUGCAAGUUUAAGAAACUUGCAGAUUGCUAUUUAAAGUCUGUGUAUUAAUUGAAGAUUUUAAGUUGCUACAUUCACUGAUCUUAGUAUUAGGGCAGUACUAAGAAGAGUUGAUAUCCAUACAAGACCAGUCAGUGUGAGGAAUCCUUCAAUGCAUGUAAAUAAUAACAUUUUCAGUUUUUGAUCCAAAGAUGGGCUUAUAUGAAUGGG